AUGCCAUCAAAUAUAAGGACAGAAGACCAGGGAGAGGUCCUAUCUAUCCCAUCUAUCCCAUCACCAGAUAGCAAGGACCUUUCCUCCCUGGAAAAAGAGAAUAGCGAGUGUAUUGAGGAAGCAGAAGUCAGCCCAUCACAGUUCGAUGAUGUCUUAUACUCACUGUCUCCAUCUCAUCGUGAAUAUCUCUUCAAACGCCAUGGCACCUUGGACCUGGAACCCAUGCCGAGUGCGUCAGACGCAGACCCAUACAACUGGCCUACGUGGAAGAAAUUAGCCAACUUCCUACUUGUCGCCUUUCACUCUUGCAUGGCGACCUUUACAUCCUCGAUUACUCCUGCCUUUGAGGAUAUUAGCAUCGAUCUAGGAGUAUCUUUACAAAGCGCCAGCUACAUUACAACUCUGCAAAUUGCUAUUCUCGGGGGCGCUCCCCUCUUCUGGAAACCCUUGUCUAACCGGUAUGGUCGUCGGCCUAUAUUUCUGCUAUCCACCAUCCUCAGCCUUGUUUGCAAUGUUGGAUGUGCGAAGAGUCCGACGUAUGCGUCACUGGCCGCAUGUAGAGCUUUGACGGCAUUUUUCAUCUCUCCAGCAGCAGCAAUCGGAAGUGCCGUUGUCACAGAGACCUUUUUCAAGAAAGAGAGAGCUCGAUAUAUGGGAAUAUGGACCUUAAUGGUCACCUUGGGUAUACCAGGAGGUGCAUUAGUCUUUGGCUUUGUCGCGAAUCGCGUGGGCUACCGCUGGAUAUUCUGGGUUCUCGCCAUCACCAAUGGCGUGCAAUUCAUCCUGUACAUCUUCUUAGGGCCUGAGACCCGUUAUAUUGGUAGUAGUACAGAGGAUUCGUCGUCUGACUUCAAAACUCAGUAUCUCUCAUUUCGACGUAUUGACCCAACACCAUUGGCAUUAAGGGAUGUCCUGGUCAACGUCGAGAUUCCUCAGCUCCUGCAGGAGAAAUUUGCUCUCCAUACUGAGCAAAUUGGUCUCCAGUACAUCGGAGUCAUAAUAGGCACAGUCCUAGGCGAGCAAGUCGGUGGCUCCAUAUUCGAUUACUGGGUGAAUCGCCGAGCACGGCGUAUACAAAAGGCACCAGACCCAGAAUUCCGUCUGUGGCUCAGCUACCCCGGCAUUAUCUUGACCAUAGUGGGCAUUAUUGUCUUUUUAGUAUGUACCCAGCAGGCUCCCGAGGGGCAUUGGACUGUCACACCUAUCGUGGGCACUGGAGUGGCUGCCUUUGGAAAUCAAGUCGUGACUACUGUCAUGGUCACAUAUGCAGUCGACUGCCACCCAGACGAAGCAGGAAGUGUGGGGGUAUUAAUUAAUUUUGCUCGGCAGAUCUGGGGCUUCAUCGGCCCGUUUCCCGAUAUGUUUGCAAAUGUUGGCGUCGCUGCGAGUUCAGGCGUUGCGAGCGCCAUGAUGUUCGUCUGUAGUUUGCUACCCACUAUCGCGUUGCACGCAUUGGGGCGGAAAUGGGCUCGAUAUUAA